GACAGCAACAACAUCACGCAAGGACACGGCAAGGACAGGUGCUGUGCGUGAAGUACCGUACGGUAGUGAGUUGCCAGAGGACGAAAGAGUGAAUCCAAUCACCGUCGUUGAUCGAGCACAGACUCCGUCGCAACAAAUCCAUUGAUACCUUCUGUUCGGCAUACAAACAUCCGCAGGCAAUAGUUUUUCACCAUGAACCAAUUCGCGACACUCGUCUUGACUCUUCUAUUGGCAUCGCUGUCGUCGACGGCACGCGCCUUUGUGUCUCCGUCCCCCGGGGCCCCGGUUGCCCGGCAGCAGAUCACCGUUUCCGCCCCGCUGUUUGCGGCCGCGGMCGAGACMGACAGCGACCUGCUCGAAAUCGAGCUGAGCAUGCCCCCCUCCAACUCCAACGUCGUGGCCAGGCUCAAGUUCCCUUCGGUCUUUUCCGGACCGAGCGAGCUCGUAGAGGUUCGGUACAAGCUCCCCUUCGGACUGAACGUGGAACCAAAGAACAACCUCGCCAUGUGCACCGCCGACGGGGCCGGCGGGGAAAGGGUCGGGGAUGUUUUGAGGUAUACCUCCCAGUGGACCAUGGGMAUCCCGCAGGGYGACGGGGUCGUCACGACCGUUGCCUCCUUCAGCGGGGGCAUUUCCUGGCAGUGCAGYAUGUUCGACGUGAUGAAAGCAAAGGACUGGCCGCGGGUGGUCGAGGCGUUGACGUCCAACGUCGAGGUGAGGCAGUUGUUCGCUUCGUUUUGUAGGGUUGUGCAAUGCCCUGCAUUGCCCCACUUCCAAAGCYGCGCAAUKCCGCGUCGGGUGUCGCCKCYGUCGUUUUCUWACGCUCUKCCUUUCYUUUUCCUUUCAUGCCCCGAAUCCUUCCUCCGAUCAAACGAAUUGCACGCCAGAGCCGCACCGACGAGGUCGUUCUUGUUUUCGAACGUGAAGUCAGUCCCUGAUUUGUUGUCCCUGAUUUGUUGUCCAUCGACGGGGAAGGCAACGAACGGACGGAACUGAUUUCCUUGCUCGCUUCAGUGGCUUUUUCACACUAAAACGCAUGCUACRAA